AUGAUUCGUCAUGGACUCACUGGACCUCCCGCAUCAUCUGACCCGUCUGAUGCUGUUCUGUCAGGCAUUUAUCCCUUGUAUUUUCGGGAUGAGUUCCUUGGAAGCUGCAUUGCAAUAGCUCCUCGCAUUCUCAUAACAGCAGGGCAUCACUUCAAUUCUCUCAAGGAUGAUGUGGGUGAUCUUCACCUUCUGGAUGCGGCCAGUGAGGGGGAAAUUACUGUGGUAUAUGUCUCAAAGGACCGAGUGCAUGAUUUGCUCGUGCUGUGGGUUAGUGCAGAUUUGAACUGGGUGCCACUACGCGGGUUUCAGCCCCCUGUUGGAGCGCGUGUGGCAACCGUAUGGCUGUCAACAAAAUGGCCUCAUGAUACGAUCGUGUCACCAGGUACUGUUAUUGAAGUUAAUCGUGGCAACUGCGUGGUUCGCGGGACGGUGAGUACAACAGGCUCCAGCGGAUCGCCGGUUGUGGAUCAGUUUGGGGAUCAUAUCGUUGGGAUGCAUCUCAUAUCAAACACUCGUGAUGGAUCGAGGGUGUCGGGUUUUAUUUCGUCGCGGAUGAUCGUAUCGGCUCUUGUCGCAAUGGGUGUUCCGUGUCGUGAGGUGGAGAGGUGA